AUGUUACAAUGUCAAUGUCCAAAGGUUUCAUUCUGUUGUCCCGUUGAAUGCUCCUUAUGUACUAGUAGUACCGGUCCAAAAAAAGUUCUCAAUAGUCGUUGUAAAUUUCUCCUCCGUCUUGGGGCCCAAGUAUCUGUGCCAAAUCUGUGCGCCACACAAACACAAACUCGUUCGGUGAUCGGUGAUACCCUGUGUGAAAUUAAACCAAAAACGUCAAACCUGAGUGUGAUCAGAGUCCGUAAGCAUACCGCCCGUACUGUGCAAAGACUCUCCCCGCCAUUCAGAAACGACACAAUGCACUCGCUGUCAACGUCGCCAAUACGCUCUCCAACCCGUCGCAAGAACCCGCCUCUGGAGACACCUGGCUUCCGGUCGUCACCAAGGCCAAAGCAACGGCCCAUAACAGAAAUGACCGUGCGCGAGCUCCAGGACCGCCACACUCUAAACGCGAAGAUUCUUGCAUCUCCUGGUGCCUCAACUUCAUCGUACGCGGAAAGGGUAACAGCUGAACAGGCUGCUGUCGAAUCCCGACUAAUUGAGCUUGACGGAAUGGAAGUCAUCAAUACAGGACUACGGAAGACCAUGAUCAGAGGUGACGGCGACAUGGUUGUUGAUCCACCUCCAGAGCCUCCAAUAAGUCGAACUCUUGAAGCCAAACGGAAGGCUCUUGCACAAUUCGGCAUGAACAGUGGGUCGUCCAAUAUCGCAGGAUCAAUUAGCAUGCAAGAAGCGAUGGAUUUGGAACGUCAAGCCUUCCUUCAGGAUAAGGAGCGACAACAACGCUUGGAAGAGAAGAGAAGACGGCUAGGAAAGCCGAUCAAGGGAGAAGUGUUGACCAGACAAGAGCGAGAAGCUCGAAUAUGGGCAUUCAUGCACGACCUUCCACUUGUUGCGAACCAUAAACCAACAGAAUCCGAUAUGGAGGAUGACUCUGAAGACGAUGACUCGGAUGAAGACCCUUCGAGCUGGUUCGAAGACGAUCAAGACGACGGCCGCAAAGGUCAAGACAUCAUCGAGCCAGAUGUCGAGGACAUAGCACAUUUCAUCCAAGUAGAUAGAAGCAGGAUAUAUGAUGAAGGUGAAGGAUGGCCCAGUAUGCAGUAA